CUUUUAAAUUAAACACACCAUAUUUUCUUCAAAUCUUCUUGUUUUGUGCAUUACAUUGGGCAGCAAGCGAGCAUCGAUCAUCAACUAUGGCCCGGGUUUACGCGAUGUUGUGUUUAUCUUUGUUAGCAUUAGCUUGCAAUGUUAAUGGUAGAACUAGCGAUCUUUACACGAUUUGGAGUAAGAGUUAUCCUUCAACUAUUCUCAAACCAUAUGAUUGGUCUUACCUAAGAGUGGAGCUGCCACCAAGGUUCUCUUCUGUGACCAUUUCCUUGUCCACAGAUAUCGAAGUAGAUCCAAAAUCCACAACCAAGAGGGGAACAUAUCGACUGCCUACAAUGUGCUUUCGACAAGGGGGUCCUCCUCUUCCAGAUUUCUCACAGAAAUCCCUAGAAGAAUUUGUGCUACAUAAUGUUUAUGAUCAACCAAGUCAGAUGCUUCAGACUUUAAAUAUCGGGAAAUGCUAUGCUAUGCAAGGGAAUUUCACGCUUUCACUGUCAAAUGAACAGAUUACAGAAGGUGUUCUGUUCAUAGGUUUUUUCUAUGGAAUUGGACCAGCUCGAACACAGUCUAGAAUGAUCAACAGAGGCAAAUACUACAAAUUCAGCGCCUUUACAUCUGUAGAAGCAUGUAACAGAACCAACUUCUGGGGACAAUUCUGUGACAAGAUACUUCACCGGCUUCAUUGUAUUCCACUCAAAAGCCGCAAUGAUAGACCACAAAGAAAUCAAACCAUUGGAGGGAGGGAAGUUGCUUGCAGAAACCACCUCCGUUCAUGUCACUCACCUGAUAUGAGUCCAAAGGCCUUCUUUCUGAAUGUCAAAACUAUGUCAGAAGAGCUGAUGUUAUCAGUUCAUGAUAUUAAACUGGAAUAUCAGUCAAUUAGUAGUAGUAAUAAUAACACAGAAAAUGAUGGUUUAAUAUCUUUGAUCGUAUAUGCAAGAAAUGGUGCCAUCCCAACCAAUGAUUCGUUUGAUUACUCUACUGAUAUCAGCAGAAAUAAACUCAUGGUUAAAUCACCAAAGGUCGGUACUUGGUAUUUCUACAUUGUGCCUGAUAUACAUGUUGCAAAUGCUGGUAAAAAAACACUGGUGAAACAGCUUUGCUAUUCCUUGAGGUGGAAAGUCCUGGGAAAUCCCAUAAAGGAGAAUGAUCAGGGAAGCUCCAUUACUAAGGUGGACGGAACCAAAUUCUCGUCUAUUCAUUUGCCUCUAAGAAAAACAUUCCAAGAAGAGAACUUUGGCUAUCCAUGGACAUACUUUUUUACGGAAGUUCCAGAAGAUGUUUCAAGCAGAAACAUUAGAAUCGAAAUCGUGUCAAACACAAGCAUAGAGUAUGAACUAUAUGCUAGAUUAGGUGGUCUACCAUCAGUUGAAGUGUAUGAUUAUUACUAUGCAAACCAAUCAAGCAACAGCAAUAAUGGAUUAUCCUUGUUUAAGGUGUAUGUAUCAAGCAAUCAAAGAGUGAAAUUUGACAUAAUUAACGCUCAAGAAGGGAAUUGGAGUUUUGGAUUAAUAAGGAGACAGAAUUCCAUGAUAAAUUCGGUGUCUCAAACCAACUUAUCCAUCUCUCGCGAGUCUUGUCCUGAUGACUGUUCCGGUUAUGGGAAAUGCAGUGAUAUUAGUGCCUUGACAUCUUACAGCUUCUGCAGAUGUGAUGAGUUCCAUGGUGGAUUUGAUUGCAGCAUAGAAAUAGUACCAAAAUCCGAACAGAAGAUCCAGAUAUCAUUUCUAGUAGGAUCAAAUGCAGCAGCUAUAUUUCCUGCAAUUUGUGCCCUUUGGAAGAAAUCUUAUGCUGAGUGGGUGAUCUAUCUCUCUAGUGGAGUCGCGAGUGCUAUCUAUCAUGCUUGUGAUGUACAGUGGAAAUGUGUUACCAAAUAUGAUACACUACAGUUCAUGGAUUUCUGGCUUUCUUUUGUGGCGGUGAUAAGCACAUUCAUAUACAUGGCUUCUAUAAGUGAAGCAAUGAAGAGAGCCAUUCUUUCAGUUGUGUGGAUUCUCACAGCACUCAUGGCAUUACAUGAUGCCACCAGUUCAAGAAACAUUAAUUUUGUUAUAGUCAUUGGGGCGGCGUGUCUGCUCAUUGCGUGGCUAGUAGAAUCAUCAACCAAGUGCACGGCAUUCUCAUUGAUAACCACUUCCUGGUUCCUUGAAAAUCUGAAGAAGAUAUGCAGACGGUAUAGGUGGGGGUUUUUGGUUGCUGGUUUUGUUGCAUUAGCCUUGGCAACAACAAGCUGGAAUUUAGAAAACAGUGAAAAUUACUGGUUUUCACACAGUAGUUGGCACAUUGCAAUGUACACAGCAGCAUUCUUCUUCCUUUGCUCAAAGGUUAACGUACAAAAUGAGGGUUCGAAGCCUAAUUUGAAUAACGAUAUGGCAGUCAUACCAACAACAUCAGCUGCUGAUGGCAUAAUCAACUGAUGUUUAUAAUGUUGUUUUCAAGUUUCAACUUGUCAUUGUACAAAAUAAAAACAAGUUAGAAUAGGUACUAAACAAAAUCAACAAAAUCUUGAUUAAGGCGAUAUAUUUUGUUGUAUAGAUGAUAGACUAGUACUCCAAAAGACCGGCCACCAGGCCACAUGAAUUUAGUGUUGCAACUUAUGCAAAGUAAAUGUAUAGAAAAUGCUACCAAAUAUUUUCCAUGGAUAACCAUUUUGACUCGUCCUUGGCCAAGCGGAGGGAGAAACUCUUGUAUUUCUAUGUCGAUUUGGUUUACAUCUGUCCAACCUGAUUUUCUUUCCUUAUAUGAAAAAAACUGAUCUUU